UGCUUGAGUCGAUUGAAGGUCGGUCUUCUCGACCUAUUUGUCUGCUUAUGUACUACCAGCACAUCGCCCCUCCACGGAAACAGCCUACAGUCCUUUAGAGCUUUCCUGGCGUCAAGAUGAGCGCAAGAAAAGUGUCGGCAAGCUCGCUGCGCCAUCCUGCGCGAGUCGCCGCGCUGGCAGUGAUCCUACCUGGGAGAACGCACGUUCUCAGCUCCAGAUCACCACGAGACUGGGAUUCUGUUCGAUGGGCGGCAGCAAUUGACAUUACCACAGAGUUGAGCUCUAGAAGUAUUUCAGCGUCUUGCAGGUGCCGCGCUAAUGCUUUGAGACAGUCUCAUCAGUAUCAGCCUCAAUCGCAAGGCGGCCGGGCUUCAUGCAGCUCCGCAUCAAAAGUCGCCGCGGCGAGAGCGUCACCUUCGUCCGCGGUCAAGAGCAAUGAUGCGACCACAACGCCGGACAGUCAAGGAAGCACACGCGCGGGAGUUGGCCAUGCUUUGCGUUCCGAGAAAAGGAAGGUGCAAGGUUCUCGCACAGAACCAGAGAUACAGGCAUCAUCUCAGCCUGUGGCCUCCAGCGCUGGAUCCUCCUCUGGAUCUCGGCCACAGCCCGCACAUGCCGGCGGAAGCGGCAAUCCCCCGGUCCCCCCCAAUGCUGAACCUUUUAUCGCUCGCGCAUCAUGCGCCAAUGUGGCGUCUGAAUCGUGGUCCAAAUUGCUCAACCCUCGCACACUCGUCUCUCACCUGGAUAGUUAUGUCGUAGGGCAAACUCGCGCCAAGAAGAUCCUCAGCGUUGCCGUGUACAACCACUAUAUCCGGGCCAGGAGGAAGUUAGAGCGAGAGCGCUGGGAGGAUCAGCAGUACGAGAAAGAGCUUAUGGAAAGCUAUCAGGCCAAGUGUCGCGAGGAAGAAGCAAAAUGGGUCGAGCUUGAGCGGCGCAAGGCUCAGGUUGCAGUCGCCGCUUCAGAGAAGCGGUUAGCACGCCAGUCUUCGUCUGCUCUUGAAGGCGAGGAAAUCGUCAGAAGUUCCACCACAAAGAGCAGCACGUCACGGACUAAGAAGCCAACGGCGAGCGUAUCUUCACGCGCGUUGUCUUCGACCCGAGCUUCCUUCAAAGCAAGCGCCAACGAACCGACAGAGCUCGCAGCGGCGGAAGCCAGGGUGCAUCAGGACAUGCUCACUGACUACAUUGGCCAGACAAGCGGUGUGAGGCGUGAUGUGAAUGAGUUUCCUUUGGUCACAGAGACCCCGUCAACGACUUCGUUCGAUUAUUUUUCCGCACAUCGGCCUCCACCUCCACCUCCGCUUUCGCUAUCUUCACCAAAGGGAUCCACUUCUAACAAAAGCAAGGCGAAGCGAAAAGACGAGGAAAGUCUUUACGGGGAUACAGAAGGACAGGUGGCCUCUGCCGCUCCUGGGAUGCCGCUUGAAUCCGGUCCACCGCCGCGCCUUUUCGAAAAGUCGAACAUCCUGCUGAUCGGUCCCACCGGUAGCGGAAAGACACUACUCAUGAAAAGCCUGGCCGAGGCACUCCAAGUGCCAUAUGUGCACAUCGAUGCUACACCGCUGACGCAGGCCGGCUAUGUGGGCGAAGAUGUAGAAGUGAUUGGGCAUCGGCUGCUUGCUGCUGCCGGGUGGGAUCAAGGGCGGGCAGAGCAGGGCAUUGUUUGCAUUGAUGAGAUUGAUAAAUUGGCUCGACGACAGGGCGAUUCUGCUUCCAAAGAUGUCAGCGGCGAAGGUGUGCAGCAAGCCCUCCUCCGCAUCUUGGAAGGGACCACGAUCACUGUCACGGACAAGUCUGGCGCCAAGCCUGCCGCUGCGUCCUCUUCAGACGCCUCUUCGGCCUACAGCACAGCUGCUGGUCCUUGGUGGCCGCCUCACCAGCGCUUAUCCGGCGAAGCUACCCUUGAGCCGCUGCCCAGGCGCCGUGGCGCGAGCGGCUCAGCAGCCGGCUCGUCAUCAAGCGGUGGACAAUCGACGUACCAUCUCGACACGAGCGGUAUCCUCUUCGUCCUCUCUGGCGCAUUCGUCGGUCUCGACAAGGUCGUGCUCCAGCGCAUUCAGCGACUGCAGAGUCAGUCCCAGGCGGAUGCAAUUAGCAAGACUGUAGAGGGUAUUCAGGCGGAAACGGAACUUGAACCGCAAGACCUGCACACGUACGGUCUUAUUCCGGAGUUCGUCGGUCGUCUACCGAUCGUCGCAUCGCUUGCUGAGCUCUCCGAGCAAGACCUCAUGCGCGUGCUCGUCGAGCCGAAGAACGCGCUGGUAGCGCAGUAUGAAGCUCUUUUCGCUGCGAGCGAAGUUAUGCUUAAGAUUACGAGUCCUGCCUUGCGUGUCAUUGCCAAGCAGGCGGCUUCGAAAGGCACAGGGGCGCGCGGGCUUCGUCGUAUAUUGGAAGCUCGGCUGCUCGAUGCAAUGUACAGCACGCCUGGCAGCAGCGUGAGGUAUGCGCUACUGGAUGAGAAGGCGGCAAAGGGAGAAACUCAAGUCCAGCUCUUUGCCCGUGGUGGGAAGCACCAAUUCUGGACUCUGUACGAGGACGAGGAAAAAGAGCAAGCUGCGAACGGAAUGGGUAUCAAAGUCGCUGGCAUCGGGCGGCCACCGUCCACUGCUGCUGCUGCUGCUGCUGCAACAGCUCCAGCUUCUGCGCGCGGCAGUCUAGCGGUCGCAACGGCUACCAAGGCACCCUCACAGGUGCUGGUGUUGCGCAAGGGCUUGAAUACCAUCAUGCGCAGGCGCACUCGCGUGCGCCUGACGCGGCCCUCGAGGGUUGGUAACAUGCGAGUCCAUUUCACAGUUGUUUAGAGGGCUUUUGGUACGGAGACACGCAAGCCCACAUGUAGCAGACAACUUUGCUUUUCCGGUUAACCUUCCGCAGUCAAUAGAUCGAAGCUAAGAUUCCAC